AUGCGUGGAGUUUAUCUCCCGCCCUCUCUUCUCGUCGGUCCAGUCGACACAAGCGAUGAGUAAGUCUCCAUUAUUUCAUUAUGUCGAAUCUAUAUUAUACUUUCAGGUUUCUUCACAAAGUGGAAUGCGAAAAUCCAGAAAACGAAGUAGAAAGACGACGAUCUCUUCGAGCAUCCGCACUCCAACUCAUUAAUUAUGCGAUCGGACAAUCGUUGUGGGUGCACAAAACUCUCCUCAUUACGCUAAUUUCUCCGAUUUCAGGCGCGUGCUCAGAACUCAUCACUUCGAUGUUUCGUCCCAGAAACUUGUCACGUGCAGGGUAUAAUUCCUCUCAGUCUGUGACCACAAUAAUUUUUCUAGAAUCGAAAAGUCUGCCGCACCCAUUUGCAAUGGAUCGACGUGAAGAUGUACAGAGAGAACGAAUGCGUACCGAACCGACUAUUCUGCUCGUUCAAUCCGGAAAAUUUGAUUCGCUCGUAAGACAAACGUUUUGUAGUACAUUUAUACAACCUAAUUGCAGGAAGCAGAAAUGUGCGUCGGAGCCUCAGAGGAACUAAUGAUUACUCUGGCUUGUCCAUUGGAUCAACAGCAUUUGGAUUACGAAAGGUAACAUCUCCUUUAUCUCAGUGCGCUAACAAUUGCUCUUUUUCAGUCCCACAGAGGACAGGCAAUUGGAGCCCUCCACGGGACACUUCGGACGUCCGUCCACAUCCGAAACUGUGCCCAAUUAUGAUGUUGAUGAAGACUACACACUCACUGAUUUGUAA